CCGGUCCUGUUUUACAAACCACUUAUACGUUGUCGUACCAUAUCUCUGCCAAAUCACAAUCUGCAAUUGCAUCAGUAACCGAAGUCGCACACUGUUGAGUUUCGCUAGAAAUGGCUGCCCAUUCCUUGGCCAAUCUUCCAUGGGCGACCCAAGCAAUCACUCAAUCCAAUCUUCACGGAGCGAAACCCAAAUCUCUAUUACCUCACUCUCUUAAAUCAUGCACUUCACAAAACCCAUCAUGGCUAGGCAGCGCCACCACCCACAUGACAAACCUCUCUUUCCAAUCCUCAAAUCUCAGACCCUACUUCCCUGCCCGCCGCCCCAUCGCUGCCACGGUCGCCUCCAGUCUUCCCACUGCGAAUCCAGAGAGAUUUGCUUCUAUUGAGAAAGUUCCCAAGUGGUCAUGGAGGGCAAUUAAGGCGUUUGCUAUGGCUGAACUGGAAGCUAGGAAGCUCAAGUAUGCAAAUACUGGGACUGAAGCUCUUCUCAUGGGGGUCUUGAUUGAAGGGACUAGUCUAGCUGCGAAGUAUUUAUGGACAAAUGGAAUUACUCUUUUCAAAGUGCGUGAAGAAACUAUCAAGCUACUUGGAAAGGCUGACAUGUAUUUUUUCCCUCCUGAGCAACCUCCAUUGACUGAAUCAGCUCAGAAAGCCCUUGAUUGGGCUGUUGAUCAUAAAUUAAAAUCGGGGGAUACUGGGGAAGUUACAACAAGUGAUCUGCUUCUUGGCAUUUGGUCAGAAGUGGAGUCCCCAGGUCACAAGAUACUGGCUAAACUAGGCUUCAGUGAUGAGAAAGCCAAAGAACUGGAGUCUUUGAGUACUGGACCUGGGUUUAUAGAUGGAUGAUACCUACAGUGUUCUUUAUGAGCGGUUAUGUAAUUCUUAAAAAUCAUAGGUCCAAGGGUGGUAGUUUAAGGUUUGACUUAGCUGCAAAUCUUGUCAUUCUUGUAUGGAUACAAUCUUUUCAAGGAAUUAUCACAAGUUGGCAUUUGUGUCCUCAA